AUGUAUAAAAAUGAUUUUGACAUCGAAGAAAAGACCGCCAGUAAAGAAUAUUUAGACAAUUUGUAUUUAAGUUCGCAAAUUAAUCAGUUUGCGGAGCAAAUGAAAGAGGCCAUUAAGACAAAACAAAAGGAAAUAGAUGAUGAGGAAGCCAAAAAAAAGGAAAGUAGAAAAAAAGCAGUUGAACAAAUAGAAAAAUAUUGCGAGGAAACUUUUAAGUAUAUGGAAGAAGAAUUGCCUUCUGUUCAAAAAGCUAUAAAAAAAUUUUUCAAAAAAAUUAAGGAAACUCCGGUUGACGACUUAUCUUCGGUUAUCGCAGAAGCCCAAAAAUUCAUUGACGAGGAAAGAAACAAAAUAAAAAGGCUCUAUUGA